GAGAAUCUUCAAUCAAGCCCUCUGUGCCCUGGAACCUCGUGUAGGAAUUAUUCUGUAGAACCUGCAUUUGGAGGGAUGGACUUAAUGUCUCCAUCCACUUGCCUUUUAGAAAUAUGCCCCUCCCAUCACUGAAGCUGGUAUAAAAGCUGCAACAACACAGAUUUUACAGUUAGUUACAGGCUGUGGGGUUGAAGUCACCUUCUAGCCACCAUUUGGAUCUAUGGUUUCUCCGGCUAUCUAGAAGCCCAGCCUUUCCCAGACGAGGAGAAGGAGCGAAUUUUCAUUGAAGGGCAUCUCAGCAGGACUGAGUGGGCAACCAUGAGCGGUGAGUGCGAACAGUACGAGAAUAGGUUCAGAGAUGUGACACUGCCGCCUUUCAUCAACGGCAUCUCCUCCAUCCUCUCCUUCGCCAAUUCCGUCGCCGCCUUUGGCAGCAAGGAGCUCGAGCCGAACGAGAGCAACCAGCUGAAGCAGGACGUGGAGAAGGCCUACGCCGAGAUGAGCAAGGCCGAGAAGGAGGCCAGUGGCCUGAUCAACACCAUGACGACUGACAGCCUGCAGUUGGUCAAGGACCUUGACGAGGCCAAGAGGAAGCGCAAGAGCCUUGAGGACGAGCUGCAGGAGAAGAAGGAUCUGCUGAUCUGGCUGGAGAGCCAGAGGUACCUGAUUAAUGACCAACUUCAGGCUGCCCGCUCCAACCUGCAGCACACUGAGAACACACUGAACGCCGCUGAGGCAAGGAAAGGAGAGAAGCUCACUGGAAGGGACAUGGGAUUUGGCCUAAUGCUCCUCUUCCCUUGUGUUGGAAUUCCCAUGGCCAUCGACUACGGCAAAGAGCUCAACAGCACGAAGAACCUGCUGAAGGAGGUCGAGGAAGAGAAGCAUCGACUCAAUGGCGAAGUCAAGAAGAAUGAAGAAGAACUAAAGAACUGCAGCAGCGAAAUCCCAGAGAGAAACAAGGAGAUCGAGAAACUGAAAGACAACUUGGUGCGGAUAGAACGAGAGGUGGAAAUGAUGCAGAAGGCAUCCAGAGCCCUGGCUGACACGAAGACCAAGCUGAAGUAUUGCCACAACUACCUCUCCAGUCUCCAGGGGUCCGUGGAAGUAUUGUACCACUCCUGCGAAGACCUGUACAGCCUGGAGCCCCUCAUGACCCUGAUUGAAGAGAUAUUUAAUGACAUACAACAGCAGAACUCCCAGAAUGAGUUGCUGGCGUAUGACUCACGUGUCCAGAAGGUAGCCAAAAAGCUGAGAGCCAUCCAAAAAAGCAAGAAGUGAGGCCUGCCAACCUCCUCUGGACGGCCUCUGCAAGGCCAGCUGCCUUCUUAUCAAUCCAUGGCUGUGGAAUGGAGAAGGCUGGUGGGAACAUGGGAACAAAAAACCUGGGAGCGGGGGUCGACUAUCUGGCCCAUCGAACCCGCUCCACCGUUCAAUAAGAUCAUUGCUGAUUUGGCCAUGAACUCAGCUCCACCCACCUGCUUUUCACCCAUAACCCUGAAUUCCUCUGCUGUGCAUAGUCCCAAAAGGGAGAACAGAAAUAGUUCUUUGACUGCUGGGGAGCCAAUUCGCUAGAUCUGAGAGAGGAAGACCGAGAAAAUAGAAGAUGAAAGAUACUUCAAGGUGAAAGGAGGGGGUGCUGAGGGAAUGGGAGCAAUCAGGAAGGUCACCAGAAAACAGGAGUAAGAGUGGGCCACACUCAUCCCUCCAAUAUGAUCAGAGAGUCAUAGAGUCAUGGAGGCCACAGCACAGAAACGGAGAGUGGAGUUUGUGGAACCGGACAGAGUUGCUGGUUCAGACUCCCAAGGUUUGCUAGCUGCCCUAACAGAGUUACGUAUAUAAGAUCAAGAGGGGAAUACCCAGGGUGAGAGCACAGAAUCGUUUUCUCAGGGAGGGGUUUCUCAAAACAAGAGGGCACAAGUGUAAGAUCAAAGGUGAGAGGUUUAUUUAUCUAGAGCUACAGAGUGGAAUAAGCCCUUCUGGCCCUUUGAGCCAUGCUGCCCCAGCUACUCACUGGGGUGGCAUGGUUAGCACAACGCUUUACAGAUGACCUAGGUUCAAUUCCCACUGCUGCCUGGAAAGAACUUGUACAUUCUCGCUGUAAUCGCGUGGCUUUCCUCUGGGUGCUCCUGUUUCCUCCCACGGUCCAAAGCCAGACCGGUUGGUAGGUUAGUUGGUCACUGUAAGUUGCUCCUUUACCGUGAUCGGGCUCAGAUUUUACUGGGGUAUUGCUGGUCAUCGCAGCUUGAAGGGCCAAAAGAGCCUAUUCUGUGCUGCAUCUCACUAAUUAAAAAAUGAAGCAAAAACCCCGACAGCCCUCGUUGACCCUAGACCAAUGACAGGGCAACUUACAACCUACCCAGUGCGGAAAAAACCAGAGCACCCGGGGGAAGCCCACACAUUCCAGAGGAAGGACGUACGGAGACUCCUUAGAGAGGGCACCGGACGCUGAUGCGACGACCUGUAACAGGGUCACGUUAACCGCUGCGCUACCGUAACUCCUCAGACGGACAUCAGGGGCAGCUCCUUCACACAGGGGGUGGUGUGUAUUCGGAAUGAGCUGCCAGAAAUGGCGGUUUGAGACUGGCUGCCAUCUGGGCGAUGUAUAAAACCCAGAUAGAUAGGGGAGGUAUAGAGGGCUAUGGGACACCCAUGGGCGAUGGGAUGGUGGGAUGGCAGCCUGCCAGGUCAGCAUGGACGAGAUGAGCCAAAGGGCCUGUUUUCAAGCCGACUGACUCUAUGACUCUGUGAAUCCAGUAGAGAAACUUGAGUGAGGGGUCAGACUUACAAGGUCAGGGGGCAGACAGAGGGGGGGAAACUACUCGCCAAGGGUGGUCAGUCUCAGGGACUCGCAGCCCUGGAAAACCAUAAGACAUAGGAGCAGAAUUAGGCCAUUCAGCCCAUCGAGUCUGCUCUGCCAUUUCAUCAUGGCUGAUUUAUUAUGCCUUUCAACCCCAUUCUCCUGCCUUCUCCCCUAAGCUUUGGCACCCUGAUUAAUCAAGAACCUAUCAACCUCCUCUUUAAGUGUACCCAAUGACUUGGGCUCCAUAGCCUGCUGUAGCAAUGAAUUGCACAGAUUCACCACCCUGUGGCUAAAGAAAUUCCUCCUUAUCUCUGUUCUGAGGCUAUGUCCUCUAGUACUAGACUCCCCCAUAUUAGGAAACACCCCUCCCCACAUCCACUCUAUCUAGGCCUUUCACUAUUGGACAGAUUUCACUGAGAUGGGUUUAACUGGAUGGUGAUGUGGACCAGAUUACCAGGAGUGUUGAAAGAGGAGGAGGAUCGGGGAACUGAGGGCGAUGGUAGACCGGUGCAGGGAGAGGAGUGGAGUCAGGGACAGAUCAGCCAUGAUCGUGUUCAAUACUACAGCAGAUGUGAGGGGCCAAGUUGCCGACUCCUGCUAUGUUCUCGUGUUCUCCUGUACAACCUGGGAAGGUGGACACGGUGAACAUGAGAGAGUCCAGGAGGGAUUGGUGGCACCAGGGAGCCACUCCCGGGCUGGGGUCAGUGCAGGGACAUUCAACCACUCCCCAUGGGUGUUACCCACCACCCCGUUGAAACCUCCCGGAGGCUGACUGAAACGCCAGAUGAGAAGGAUGCCAUUUGGCCCCUCAAGCCAAUCCUGUCAUGUAGAUCUGUGCAACACACACAAAACACUGGAGGACCUGAGGCAGCAUCUCUGCAGGGAAAAAUGAACCAUCAACCUUUCAGGCCAUUGUUCGGGACUAGAAAGGAAGAGGAUAGAAGCUAGAAUAAGAAAGUGUGGAGGGGGAAGGAGUAUUACUUCUCCAACUUCCAGCAGUUUUUCCCCUCCUCCUUCUCUCUUCUUCUAUUCCCUGCUCUGGCUCCCCCUCACCUCUUCUCUUCUCCUCACCUGCCUAUCAUUUCCCCCUGGUGCCCCUCCUCCUUCCCUUUCUUCCAUGGUCACCUGUCUUCACCUAUCACCUUCCAGCUUCUUACUUCAAGCCCCUCUCCCCCCCCCCCACCACCUUCCCCCUCAUCUGGCUUCACCUUCUAGCUAGUAUUCCUUCCCCACCCCCUCCCCCCACCUUCUUAUUCUGCCUUCUGCCGCCUUCCUCUCCAGUCCUGAUGAAGGGUCUCGGCCCAAAAUGUCGGCUGUUUAUUUAUUUCCACCGAUGCUGCCUGACCUGCUGAGUUCCUCCAGCAUUUUGUGUGUGUUUCUCUGGAUUUCCAGCAUCUGCAGAAUCCCUUGAGUCUCUGGUGUAGAUUUGAGACUCAAGUCCAUUCACCCCAAAACCCCUCAUCACCUCUCAUUAGCAAAGACUUCCUGGCCCAGAGUUAGAGUUCAUCAGUGGCCCUGAACCAAAGUCAGUGGUCAGGAGAAAAUUCCUCCAUCUCCUCGCCAUCUCCAUGGAAAACAGCUCCCAAACAUCACUCCUGGCUGGACUGAUGGAAGCCAAUAACAGACAAUCAUAGGAAAGUCACUGGCAUAUGGGAAACAACUGAAUCUCCAGUUACCAUGAGCAGCCUCCAGCCCAGGAGAACUUCUAAAUCUGCAGUUAGCCCUGAGCACCCACCAAACUUAUCCGUAACUUCAGAACCUUCUCAGGAGUUAGCCAAGAUAAGACGAAAGUUUGGCAUGGUAGGGGAGAGGAGAUGAAUUAUUGGUGCCUGUGUACAUCAGCCAACAGACGAUUGGAAGGUAUAACCAGCCCUCGUCACCACCCACAGCCAUCAACUGAUGAAGAGUAGCUUCCCUUGCAUUUAAUAUGAAUUUCUCUCUCAACGAUAUACGUUCGCAAGAUAUAUUUUAUGAUUAGGUUCAUUUGUCACAUAUACAUUGAAACAUACUGUGAAAUUUGCUAUUUGCAUCAAAUCAAAUCAGUGAGGAUGUGCUGGAGUAAGUGUCACCACGUUUCUGGCGCCAUUGUAACAUGUCUGCAAUUCACUAACCCUGACCCACAAGACAUGUGGCGGGGUCAGAAUGAGGCCAUUUGGCCCAUCGAGACUGCUCUGUCAUUCCAUCAUGGCUGAUUUAUUAUCCCUCCCACUCUGUUCUUGUGUCUUCUCCCCAUAACCUUUGAUGCCCUGACUAAUAGCAACCAUCACUUUACAUAUACCCAAACACUUGGCCUCCACAGCCAUCUGUGGCAACGAAUUCCACAGAUUUAUCACCCUCUGGCUAAAGAAAUCCCCCCUCAUCUUUGUUCUGAAGGGACAUCCUCCUAUUUUGAGGCUGUACCCUCUGAUCCUAGACUCCCCUGCUGUAGGAAACAACCUCUCCACAUCCACUCUAUCCAGACCUUUCAAUAUUCAAUAGGUUUCAGUGAGAUCCCCCUCAUUCUUCUAACCUCCAGUGAGUAACAAGCCCAGGGCCAUCAAACACUCCUCAUCAUUAACCCUAUCAUUCCCAUGAUUUUGUGCCAAGCUUUUAACCUACUUUAAGAUCUAUUACUAUUGGAGAAUAUUAUUGGACUGUUUACUUCUAGCCAUAGAUGCUGCCUGACUUGCUGAGUUCUUCCAGCAUUGUGUGUGUGUGUGUGUGUGUGUGUGUGUGCGCUCGUGUGUGCGUGUGCAUGUGCGUGUUUUACUACUGGAUAAUCACUCCCGGAGAACUGCACGGGACCUUCGACGUGUUAAAUGUCAAAUUGUUACUUUUCUUGUUCAGCCGCUUUGUCUUUGAAAGCCACAGGCUGCAAGUGAAACAGCUUCUGUGGUUGUAGAUCUCGUAGGCAGGCUCAGUAUGACUGAUCCCCCUGGGUGGUAAGGACCAAAGAUUGCCGACAGUUCACGCCGAUAGAGAGAAAUGUCUUUAUGCUGUCAAAUGCUGGAAACUGAGAAGAUUGUAAAAGAAUUUUAUUUUUGUUACAAACCAUGGAUGUUAUCAACGAGUGAAUACAAAUUGAUAUGUUUGUAGAUUUAUUUACCAUGAACCUCAGGUUAGGUCAUAAUCAUCUAACCUGUCCAAAUGCUAAAUCUAUCCUAAUACAUGGAUUUACUGACAAAGGCAGUUCCAGGAAGAUGGGGCUUGUCAGUGAUGUUUGACAGCGCAUCCAGGAGAAAGAAAACUCUGAUCUCAGACUGCUACUGACUGCGGCAAUGUCCACUCGUGUGGUAAAAUCCAGAGCUGGAGCACUGAGGUAGUCCUACGUUGAGCUCAACGCUGACUGGCAACUCCUGCGACACUGCUGGUGCCAAACUGUAUCGGUCUCUGCCAUUCCUUUGGGUUCAUCAGCUGCGUGGAGAGGGGGACCUUGCUGCACACUCUCCAUAUCGUACUGCCCUGGCUUGAGUGUCUAAAUAGCUAGGACACAGUAUCAAUGGACCACCCUGACUAAUGGAGGGCCUCCCAGUCUAACGAGUCUCAAUAAUGCCCACCAGUUGGCCUAAGAUCAACCCAAACAGACUGAGCUGGUCAUUGUGAUACGUUAGUGUGACGCUGACCCUGCCAGCUGUUUCAUGUUUAACCAGGGCUGCAAAAUCAUAGCCCACGGUAUCGCUGACACUGCCAGGGGGCACCCAGGCAAGCCCACUGAGGCUGAGGUUUAAUCUCUGGGGAUGAAAUAAUCUUUCUGUAACUGGUUUACAUUUUGCUUGUCGCUGAUUUCGCUUCAUUGCAACUAGCUGUAGAAUGAGAGCUGGGGAAAUGAAUUGGACCAUAUCACAUUUAAUAAAGAGAUCUAUGAUAAAUAUCAGUCUGUUGUUUUCAUUCACAGGCUCAGGCAUGAGUGGAGUAGGCCCUUCGGCCUGUCCAGUCUGCACUACGUACACUACCAGCAAUCAGUAUUCAAUUCCCACUAUCAUCUGUCGAGAGUGUCUAUGUUCCAACCCAUACAUUGCAGGGUCCCAGGACCCAGGGCACUGAACCUGCAGUGGUGAAUGCCAGUUGGCUUGUCUCACGUUUGAGGACUAUCCCCUCAGGCGUAUAGGGUAGUUGCCAUUGGAGAUGGGGGCCUAGGGUAGAUCACCUACGACUAUAUAAAGAUAAAGAUUACCUUAUUGGUCACACAUACAUCGAAACAUAGAGUGAAAGGUGUCUUUUGCACCAACGAUCAACAAAGUCUGAGGAUGUGCUGGGGGCAGCCUGCAAGUGUCAUCCACACUUCUAGCGCCAACAUAGCGUGCCCACAAAUUACUAACUCUUAAUAACCCAUAAAGCCGUAAGACAAUAAAUACAGGAGCAGAAUUAGGCCAUUUGUCCAUUCAAGGCUGUUCUGCUAUGAUGCUUUUCAUAUGACAUGCCAUUUAAUCCUGGAAUCAUUUUUGUGAAACUGUUUUAAAGCCUUGCCAGUUUCAGCACAUCCCCUCCUAAGAUAAGGGGCCCAAAAGAGCUCACAAUACUCCAGGUAAGGCCUCAUCCGUGCUUUAUAAAGUAUCAACAUUACAUCCUUGCUUUUAUAUUCUCGUCCUCUUGAAAUGAAUGCUGAUAUCACAUUUGCCUUCCUCACCACAGACUCAACCUGCAAAUUAACCUUUAGAAAAUCCUGCACAAGGACUCCCAAGUCCCUUUGCGUCUCAGUCUUCUGUAUUUUCUCUCCGUUUAGAAAAUAGUCAACUCUUUCUUCCUUCUCAUGAAGUGCAUGACCAUACACUUCCUGACACUGUAUUCCAUCUGCCACUUCUUUGCCCAUUCUCCUAGUCUGCCAAAGUCCUUCUGUAGCCUCUCUACUGCCUCAAAUCUACCUGUCCCUCCACCUAUCUUCAUAUCAUUUGCAAAGGUGCAACAAAGCCAUCAAUUCCAUCACUGACAAAUAACGUAAAAAGGAUCAGUCUCAACACAGCCCCCUGUGAAACACUACUAGUCACCAGCAUUCAACCAGAAAAGGUUCCCUUUAUUCCCACUCUUUGCCUCCUGCCAAUCAGCCACUGCUUUAUCAAAACUACAAUCUUUCAUGUAAUACCAUGGGCUCUUCACUUUUUAAGCAGCCUCACGAGUGGCACCCUGUCAACGGUCUUCUGAAAAUCCAGGAAUAUGACAUCAACUGAUUCUCCUUUGUAUAAUCCUGCGUGUUAUUUCUUUAAAGAAUUCCAACAGAUUUGUCAGGCAGGAUUUUCCCUUGAGGAAACCAUGCUGACUAUGGCCUAUUUUAUCAUGUGCCUCCAAGUACCCAAAAACCACAUCCUAAACAAGCAACCCAAUCACUGAGGUCAGACUAACUGGACUAUAAUUUCCUUUCUUCUGCCUUUCUCCCUUCUUGGAAAGUGGAGUGACAUUUUUAAUUUUCUAGUCUUCCCGAACCAGUCCAGAACCUAGUGAUUCUUGAAAGAUCAUUACCAAUGCCUUCACAACCUCUUCAGCCACCUCUUUCAGAACUCUGGGUUGCACACCAUCUGUUCCAGAUGACUUAUCUAUAAAACCAUAAGACACAGGAGCAGAAUUAGGCCAUUCAGCCCAUCGAGUCUGCUCUGCUGUUUCCAUCGUGGCUGAUUCCGGAUCACACUCAAUCCCUACACCUGCCUUCUCGCCAUAUCCUUUGAUGCCCCGACCAAUCAGGAAACUAUCAACUUCCGCCUUAAAUACUGUAUACCCACAGACUUGGCUUCCACCACAGUCUGUGGCAGAGCAUUCCACUGAUUCACUACUCUCUGGCUAAAAAAAAUUCCUCCUUUCCUCCGUACUAAGGGGUCGCCCCUCAAUUUUGAGGCUGUACCCUCUUGUUCUGUAUACCCCACCACAGGAAACAUCCUCUUCAUAUCCACCCUAUCUAGUCCUUUCAAUAUUCAGUAGGUUUCAAUGAGAUCCUCCUGCAUUCUUCUAAACUCCAGUGAGUACAGGGCCAAAGCUGCCCAAUGCUCUUCAUAUGUUAACCCCUUCAUUCCUGGAAUCAUCCUCGUGAACUUCCUCUGGACUCUCUCCAAUGACAACACAUCCUUUCUGAGAUAUGGGGCUCAAAACUGUUGACAAUAUUCCAAGGGCUGCGUGUCUAGUGUCUUAUAAAGGCUCAGCAUUAUCUCCUUGUUUUUAUAUUCUAUGCCCCUGAAAUAAAUGCCAAUGUCACAUUUGCCUUCUUUCCCACAGACCCAACCUGUAAAUUAAACUUCUGGGAAUCUUGCAUGAGGAUUCCUAAGACCCUCUGUACCUCCGAUGUUUAAAUCUUCUCCUCAUUUAGAUAACAGUCUGCAUUAUUGUUCCUUUUACCAAAAUGCAUUACCAUACAUUUCCCAACACUGAAUUCCAUCUGCCACUUUUUUGUCAAUUCUUCCAAUUUGUCUAAGCCCUGCUACAAUUGCAUUGCUUCCUCCACACCACCUAAUCCUCCACCUAUCUUUUUAUCACCCACAACCUUUGUCAAAUAUUAUCAAUUCCAUUAUCUAAAUCAUUGACAAACAACAGGAAAAGCAGUGGUCCCAAUACUGACCCCUGAGGAACACCACUAGUCACCAACAGCCAAUCAGUAAAGGCCUCUUUUAUUCCCACUUGCUGUCUCCUGCCUGUCAGCCAUUCCUCUAUCCAUGCCAGGAUCUUUCCUGUUAUGUCAUAGGAUUUUAGCUUGCUAAACAGCCUCAUGUGUAGCACCUUAUCAAACACCUUCUGAAAAUCCAGGUAAAUGGCAUCCACUGCCUCUCCUUUGUCCACCCUGCUUGUAACUUCCUCAAAGAACUCCAACAGAUUUGUCAGGCAAGACUUCCCUUUAUAGAAACAGUACUCUGAAACCUUGCCCUUAAUAAUAGACUCCAACAAUUUCCCAAUGACUGAAGUUAGGCUAACUGGCCUAUGAUUUUCUUUCUUUUGCCUUCCUCCCUUCUAAAAGGGUAGAGUGACAUUUGCAGUCUUCCAGUCCCCCAGGACCAUGCCAGAAUCAAGUGGUUCUUGAACGAUCAUGACCAAUGCAUCCAUUACCUCUUCAGCAACCUCUCUCAGGACUCAGGGAUGU